AUGGCGCCCCUCCACCCAGCAACCCACGGCAUCCACGCCGACAACCGCACCAACAUCCUCACCGACAUCGCCCCUCCAAUCCACACAUCGACUACCUUCCGGUACCCGCGGGACCCCUCCAAGCUCCACCCCGUGUCGCCAGAAGAAGGCGAAGUCAUCGACCUCAGCACGCCCCUAAUCUACUCCCGCCUCGCAAGCGCAAACAUCAACCGCCUCGAGACUAUUCUCGCGCCGCUCAUGUACCCGCGCGCCCAGGAGACGGAGCUCGACAGCCUCGCCAACCACGUCGUCUCCUACAGCAGCGGCCUGAGCGCCUUCCACGCCCUGCUCGUCGCCGUCGUGCCCAAAGUCGUCGCCAUCAGCGGCGGCUACCACGGCUGCCACGGCGUCCUGGACCUGCACCGCCGCAUGCACGGCGUCCGCACCGUGGAUCUGCACGCCGACGAGCGCGCGUGGGACGCCAGCGGCAUCGGGCAGGGGGACCUCGUGCAUCUCGAGACGCCGCUGAAUCCGACGGGCGAGGCCUUCAACAUCGCGCACUACGCCGCGCGCGCGCACGCCCGCGGCGCCCUGCUCAGCGUCGAUGCCACCUUUGCGCCGCCCGGCCUGCAGGAUCCAUUCCAGUGGGGUGCCGACUUCGUCAUGCACAGCGGCACUAAGUAUAUCGGCGGCCACAGCGAUAUGCUGUGCGGGAUCCUUGCCACCGCCGCGACGCCCGCGGGACUCAAGCAAGCGCAGGGGAUGCGUGCGGAUCGCAUUUUCCUCGGAUCCGUGCUGGGCAGUCUGGAGGGCUGGCUUGGCGUGCGGUCGCUGCGGACGAUGGAGUUGCGCGUGCAGCGGCAGAGCUCGAACGCGGCGCGGCUCGUGGCAUGGCUGGACGGUGCGCUGCAGGGCGGCGAGGAUGGCGCGCUCGUGAAGAAGGUGGUGAGCAGGGUCGUGCAUGCGUCGCUGCAGACGGCCGACUUUGCCUGGCUCAAGCCACAGAUGCCGAAUGGCUUCGGCCCCGUGUUCGCCAUCCUCACGCACGAUUCGGACCAGGCACGCUGUCUGCCGAGUCACCUGCAGCUCUUCCACCACGCGACGAGCCUGGGCGGCGUGGAGAGCUUGAUUGAGUGGCGCAAGAUGAGCGAUGCCGAGGUGGAUGAGCGGUUGCUGCGCGUCAGCGUCGGCGUCGAGGACUGGGAGGAUCUCAAGGCGGAUUUCUUGAGUGCGUUUCAGGCGCUCGCAGAGGGUGGGGAGAGCGGCGAGGAGACGACGAGCAAGGCGAGCGUGCAGGUUGGACAGGAGGGCGCGCGGGUAGAAGGCGCGGCGCAGGGUAGCGUGUAG